UUGCUUCAAAGUACUGAAAUAACUGCUUCACUCAGCUGCAGAAUGCCUCAAGCCCUGGGCAAUAGCAGUUCACAGGAACAGGCUGCUGUAUAUUAUGCAUCAGAAUCAAUUGUCUCCAUUGUUAUCUUCACCACUGUUUUCAUCAUUGGUAUCCCAGGCAAUGGGUUGGUGAUCUGGGUAGCUGGUCUGAAAAUGAAAAGGUCUGUGAACACUGUCUGGUUUCUAAACCUUGCUGUGGCUGAUAUCAUGUGCUGCUUGUCCUUGCCAUUUUUUGUUGUUCACCUGGCCCUCCAUGAACACUGGCCCUAUGGCUGGUUCCUCUGCAAAGUCAUUCCGUCAGUCAUAAUCUUCACCAUGUUUGCUAGUGUCUUCCUACUCGUGGCCAUCAGCAUUGAUCGGUGCCUCCUGGUGAUGAAACCUGUCUGGUGUCAGAACCACCGAACAGUGAAAUUUAUAUCGCUAAUAUGCAGUGGCAUAUGGAUGCUGGCCAUCAUUUUCUGCUGCCCUGUCUUCUAUUACCGUGAGACAAGCACUUACGCUGGCAAAACAGAAUGCGGGUACAAUUUCGGAGUUGAUGAUUACAUAGACGAUCCCGUAAAUGCAUCUGUAAAUGUGUCUUUUUAUGAGGUAUGGGAAGAAUACUCAUCCUACAAUGGCAGUGACUUGUGGGAAGAUACCAGUAAUUAUUCUGUACCCCUUACCUUGGCAGUAAUAAACAGCACUAGGGCUGUCUUUGGCUUUGUGCUCCCCUUUGGCAUAAUGGCAGCUUGCUACACCCUCAUUGCUUUCAGAACACGUGCAAAUCAGUUUCAAAAGCCAAGCAACAGGACACUGCGAACAGUUGUGUUUGUGGUAGCUGCAUUCUUCAUCUGCUGGGCUCCAUACCAUAUAGUUGGGAUUCUCUCCAUUAUACCUAGUCUUGGAACAGGACUGAUGGAGUCACUGAUCCUGUGGGACCACCUCUCUACAGCACUUGCAUAUGCCAACAGCUGCAUCAACCCCCUGCUUUAUGUUUUUGUGGGACGGCACUUCAGGGCAAAGGUACGGCAAUCAGUGCAAAGAAUCUUGGAAGGUGCCUUUAGUGAGGAACUCACAUCUUCAGGCCUUCACAGAAGCCAGACUUCAGCAGAGAAGAAUCUGAGCAGCACCUUGUAAUGCAGUAUUUCCUACCACCAUUGUAGAAAGAGCAAGCUCCAGUGCUGCACAUCAAUCACUCAGCUUAGCAGGUGGUUUUGCCCCAAUAUGCUUGAUUAAUCCACAGCUCCAACCCAGGAUACUGCAAUCAUUCAGCUCAUGACAGAGAACCCCCUUUAUAUUCUAGAAAUGGGAAGUUGGAAGCACCGAAAGUAAUCUGAGGGAUGAUCGGUGAAGCAGAAGACACAGUAUUUUAACCUAUGCAGACUAUUUUAAGCAAGCAGAGCUAUCUACAGAUUUGUGGUGGGAAUUAUGUAGCUGAACCUCUCAAUUGAGGCAAGAAUGUUAUUUUUAUGUCUGUGUUCUACAUCUCCCGUCUCUGAUAAA